AUGGCCCUUCAAAUACCACGCAAGGAGAACAAAAGCCGACAGGACGGGGACCCCACGGAGUCCCUGACAAAGGCAUUAGCCAGUUUCAAGCAGGUUCUAACAACUGAGCAACGGAAACAGUUCGAAGAUAGCACGACAGUCCCUGAUGCGGGGAGUGUCCUGUUUUUUGUCGCCCAGCUUGAUGCUGAGAACGCGAGCAAGACCAGGCGAAGCAUCGCCCCUCGACUAUGUACCUUCCUGACUGCAACACAGCAGUUUGCGGGGGCUGUGGAAACAUUCGUCAGCUCCCAUCCGGAGACGGCGGCCUUAAUUUGGGGUGGAAUCAAGACCGCCAUAACCGUGGCCAGCAACGUCGCCUCUUAUUUUGACAAAGUUACCAACAUGAUCAAGGACAUCGGUAUUACCUGCCCGACCAUCCAACAAUUUGGCCAGCUUUACCAUGGACAUGUUGGUCUUCAGCGUUCAUUGUGUGACUACUAUGCCGUGAUAGUUGAGCUAUGUAGCAAGGUCAUCGAGGUGUCUCGUCGAGGAUCAGCCUUGCAGACCAUCUGCUCCAUCUGGAGUCCUUUCGAGUCCGAGUUCAGCCCAUUCUUGGAGCGACUAGCUUCAACCAGGAAGCAGGUUAUGUUGCAGGUCUCUCUUGCCUCAAAAAAGGCUAACCAAGAGGCAAAAAUGCUGCUGGAAUAUGAGAGCAAGGAAAAUUCCUCGUACAGGUCAUCUGCCCUGAACUUUUUCAGCAAUUCAGCACACCACCAAGAAGAGGCGAGGCAGUGGCAGAUCAACCAGAUAAAGCGAGAAAAGGCGUCCUUGAAGAUCAAAAUCCGACAGCAUCUGUCCCCCGUCGACCACAUACCACCUUGGAAACGAGUUCUAAAGCAGCGAGUCCAAUCAACCGCCGAGUGGCUACUGCAUGACGACGCAUUCCUUGAAUGGAAGGCUAGUCCAGAGUCAUCAAUCCUUUGGUGCUCUGGGACGAUGGGCAUGGGGAAGACAGUUCUGAUGUCUAAUGUGGUCUCUUUUCUACAUUCGGCCCGACGUGAAAAUGAUUAUGUUGCGCAUUUCUUCUGUCAAGCAGACAAUCAGCCAUCUCUUUCGGCGCGAAACAUCGUCGGUAGCAUUUGUCGCCAGCUGCUUGAUUCGUUGAUUGAGGGCAGCAGUCACGAAGAUCUGCUCUCGAUUGAGCACGAUUGUGAAGGUUUGGACACGAAUGAAACCGUACAAUUCCUCCUCUCGAGAAUGCUCAAGGAGCGGACGUACUAUAUUGUCCUCGAUGGAAUAGACGAGUGUGAGACGGUUCAGAUUCGAGAAAUGGCAAGGGCUUUGGAGAUGCUCUCCCAAGGAAAGGUCGGGACGUUGAAGAUUAUUUGUGCGGGUCGUCCGGGCCUUGAGGUGGAUUUGUUCAAGUGGGGCCGGCCACAGCAUCGCGUUGUGAUUGAUCAGGGGAAGCUCAACGUCGAUAUGGAACGAUACAUCGCUGCAACCCUAUAUGAUUGCUUGGAGGAUGGGGAGCUGGUCCUUCAAGAUGAGGAUAUUAUCACAACGAUCGCGGACGCUUUACUGGAGGGCUCCCAAGGAAUGUUUCUUUGGGCAGGUCUAUGUAUCAGAGAUCUGUGUGAAAAUAACUGCGAUGAAGACAUACUUGAUGCGUUGAACCACCUUCCGCGUGGCUUGGCUGACCUUUUCGAUUCAAAGAUUCGUCGAAUCCAGCAGGGAAAGGGUUCCCACCAUGCAAUGGAAUUGCUUCAAUACUGCGGUGUUGUGAAGCGCCCACUGACCAUUGAGGAAUACCGGGAAGCUUUAAGCAUCUCCCUCGGCGAAAGGUCUCUGAACACAAAGCGGCUACCCAAUGAUAUGAAUCGGAUUGUCCGUGGAUGUUUCGGUUUGACAUUCAUUGAUGACGAAGAGCAUACAGUUCAUUACACUCAUCAUAGUGUCAAGGAACAUCUCUUCCCCACUAAGAACAAGGACCCCGCAAAUUUUGACGCCAAAAAAGUCAAUGAGCACUUUGGCUUUUUGUGCAUGACGUAUCUGAAUUUCACCAAUUUCAGUCAUCAGUUAGUGAAGGCUGAGAAAGGGCUCGUGAUUGAUCCUCUCUUCCUUGGCGCAUCUUCAGUCUAUCCUGACAUCUCCCGCAAGAAUAGAAUGUUAUGGAAGCUGCAGUCGUCUUGGAAGAGGCGAUCACCACACAUCAACGUGCGUGAUAUCGAGAGAACUCUGGAGUCUCUUGGAGACCCUAAGUACCAUGGAUCUUGUCCAACAGACGCGAUGCAGAUUGGUGCCUUUCUUGUUUAUGUCAGAGACCAUUGGUUCCUCCAUUUGAAGGACUUUAGACCAGAUGACCAGGGGAUGUGGGCUCUCUUCUGCAAGUGCAUUGAAGAUGAGUCCCUACCUUUAAGUCGACCUUGGGACCUGGAAGUCCAGAGUAGCUCAAGAGGCAGCUAUGGGUUUCCAGCAACCGAGACAUUCGUCGAGGACUUAUCUGUUUUUAUUGAACCUGACCAGCCAGAGCUGGCGUGGACGCUGAAGCACAAACACUCUGCCUUGUAUCUUUACUUGACAAUGAUGAGAAACCGCGCGACGUCUUCCAAAGAAUUUGAUUCGUUCCCAGCAUUGGACGAUGUAACCAGCUAUCGAUGGCUUGAAAUCCUUAUUGAGAUCCCCGCUUUCAAAAAAGCCUGGGGCGAGGCUUUGUUCAGGGUGGCCUUUCAUGAUGAUGGACUUUCCGAAGCAAAGAAGUUCCAGGUUUCUCUCACAUUGCUUCGUAAAAUGCACCAAGUCGAUGAAUUGGAAGCCCGAUUUGCCCUUGGAAUAGCUUUGCGACACGCACUUUGCGCCGAUAAGAUGUUGGGGUUUCUGUAG